CGGCCUAACGCAUGAUAUUCACUGGAACAGAUUAUUCGCUUCCACGCUUUUUCUUAAAAAUUUUAAAAUACAACCAUUUGGUAUCAAAACUACCAAGAUAUAAACGCAGGAUAACAUUUGUCACCACACUCUGCCGUACCAACGCAGUAAUAUUUCGCGCAAUCGUCUAUCCCUCGGCGAACGAGGAACCCCACUCACGUGACCAGGGCCCCUUCUGACGUGCAUGCGUGCUGACGUCACUAGAUCUCAGGGCGAAGGGAGAGAGAGAUCAGCUGACGUUUCUUGGUGAACGCUGUGGAGAACCCUACCACAUCGGAGCAGAUUGUUUUGAUAGAGGACGGUCCUUUCUCGUGAUUCGUCAUGGGGGAGCUGUUCCGCAGUGAGGAGAUGACCCUGGCCCAGCUGUUCCUCCAGUCAGAGGCUGCCUAUUGCUGCGUCAGUGAACUGGGAGAACUGGGAAUGGUCCAGUUCCGAGAUCUCAACCCAGACGUGAAUGUUUUCCAGCGCAAGUUUGUUAAUGAAGUGAGGCGAUGCGAAGAAAUGGAUCGAAAACUGAGGUUUGUGGAAAAGGAAAUUAAGAAAGCCAACAUACCGAUUCUAGAUACUGGGGAGAAUCCGGAGGUCCCCUUUCCAAGAGACAUGAUCGAUUUAGAGGCGACGUUUGAGAAACUGGAAAACGAGCUCAAGGAGAUCAACACGAACCAGGAAGCUUUAAAGAAGAAUUUCCUGGAGCUGACGGAGCUGAAGCACAUCCUUCGAAGGACGCAGCAGUUCUUCGAUGAGAUGGCGGAUCCUGACCUUGAGGAGUCGUUUUCACUACUGGAUCCGAACGAGGUGGGGAGACCUCCGCUUCGCCUGGGCUUCGUGGCUGGAGUGAUAAACCGGGAGCGAAUCCCUACCUUUGAGCGGAUGAUGUGGAGGGUGUGUCGAGGCAACGUGUUCCUGCGGCAGGCUGACAUCGAGGACCCCCUGGAGGACCCCGCCACGGGAGACCAAGUCCACAAAUCGGUGUUCAUCAUCUUCUUUCAAGGUGACCAGCUGAAAAACAGAGUCAAGAAAAUAUGCGAAGGGUUCCGCGCCUCUCUGUAUCCUUGUCCUGAAAACCCCCAGGAGAGAAAGGAAAUGGCUGCCGGUGUGAACACCAGAAUUGACGACCUUCAGAUGGUCUUGAAUCAAACGGAGGACCAUCGCCAGAGGGUCCUGCAAGCUGCUGCCAAAACAACCCGCGUGUGGUUCAUCAAAGUGAGGAAAAUGAAAGCCAUCUACCACACCCUGAACCUGUGCAACAUCGACGUCACUCAGAAGUGCCUCAUCGCCGAGGUCUGGUGUCCUGUGACAGACCUGGACUCCAUUCAGUUUGCUCUCCGCAGAGGCACUGAACGUAGUGACUCCACAGUUCCUUCCAUCCUGAACAGGAUGCAGACCAAGCAGACACCGCCAACGUACAACAAAACCAACAAGUUCACUGCCGGCUUUCAGAACAUAGUUGAUGCCUACGGCAUUGGAACUUACAGGGAGAUCAACCCAGCUCCGUACACGAUUAUCACCUUCCCGUUCCUGUUCGCUGUGAUGUUUGGGGACUUCGGCCACGGCAUCCUGCUGACCUGUUUCGCGGCGUGGCUGGUGUUCCGGGAAAGGCGCAUCCUCUCGCAAAGAAGCGAUAACGAGAUGUUCAACACGGUCUUCAGCGGCCGCUACAUGAUCCUCUUGAUGGGGGCCUUCUCCAUUUACACGGGGCUCAUCUACAACGACUGCUUCUCCAAAUCGCUCAACAUGUUUGGCUCAGGCUGGAGUGUUAGGCCCAUGUUCACGAAAGCAAACUGGACAGAUGAAAUUCUAAAAACCAACCACUUGCUUCAGCUGGACCCUGCGCUGCCCGGAGUCUUCAAUGGACCGUAUCCCUUUGGAAUAGACCCAAUUUGGAAUAUCGCAACCAAUAAGCUGACCUUCCUGAACUCCUUCAAAAUGAAGAUGUCAGUUAUUCUGGGUAUUAUCCACAUGCUGUUUGGGGUAACCCUGAGCCUUUUUAAUCACAUCUAUUUCAAGAAACCACUGAACAUCUACCUUGGUUUUAUUCCCGAAAUGAUUUUCAUGUCCACGCUGUUCGGGUACCUGGUCAUCCUUAUCAUUUACAAGUGGGGUGCCUACAAUGCUUUUACAUCAAAGGACGCACCCAGCCUGCUCAUCCACUUCAUCAACAUGUUCCUGUUCAACUACAGCGAUCAGACCAACAAGAUGCUGUAUUCGGGACAGGUCGGGCUCCAGUGUUUCUUGGUGGUUGUGGCUUUGUUGUGUGUCCCGUGGAUGCUGGUGGUCAAACCGCUGGUGCUGAGACAUCAAUACCUGAAGAAGAAACGCCUUGGAACCCAUAACUUCGGAGGGAUCCGUGUGGGAAACGGACCUACUGAAGAAGACGCAGAGAUCAUUCAGCAUGAUCAGCUCUCCAUGCACUCGGAAGAUGAGAAUGAGCCUCCCGACGUUGAAGUGUUUGACUUUGCUGACACAGCCGUUCACCAGGCUAUCCAUACCAUUGAGUACUGCCUGGGCUGCAUCUCCAACACUGCCUCCUACCUGCGGCUGUGGGCUCUCAGCCUGGCUCACGCACAGCUCUCCGAAGUGUUGUGGACAAUGGUCAUGAGCAUUGGCCUGUGCAUCAACAGCUACGCAGGCUUCUUCAUCCUGUUCUUCAUCUUCGCUGCCUUUGCCACCCUGACCAUUGCGAUCCUGCUAAUCAUGGAGGGCCUGUCUGCUUUCCUGCAUGCCCUCCGUUUGCACUGGGUGGAGUUCCAGAAUAAAUUCUACAUCGGCCAGGGCUUCAAGUUUGUUCCAUUCUCGUUCGAGACCAUUCUUGAUGGGAAGUUUGAAGACUAGAGCGUUCCCAGCCCUUCUGUGUUGUGAUGUAAUGCGUUGUGAUGUGUGUUUGUGUAUCAUGCAGUAGCCCUCUUUUGACUGGAACAGCGUUUCUGUGCAACCAGGCAGUAACGCUGUAUCACACGCAACCUGUAGUUCUAAAUACAAAUAGCUGUUUAUGUGUGGUAAAGUGGCAUUCUAUUGGUGGAACUGUUGGAAUGCUAAUAUGGGUAUGUAUACAUUUGUUUAAGAGUAACCUUUUUAUUUUUCACUGCAGUUAUAUUGCACUAAAAUACUAAAAUCAGCACUGAUUUUUAAAAAGCAAACCAGUUAAAAGACCCUUGUGUCUGGGAAGAAAGGUGCCAAACAAACUAAACUGGAUUCAUUUAGACAAGCCAUAUGUGAAACAGCCCUAAGACAUUAAACUUGAUAUGGGGUCUGUCUUUUUUUUUAAAAAAAACAUUAAAAUAGGAACACUUUUUGCCUCCCUCAAAUGACUCCAAAUCACACGAACCCUUAUGGAGCUCAUAAUGAAACUUUAUAAGUCUUUUAUGAAUGAUUACACUACACAGUCCUGUGAACUACAGGUAAUAAUUAACCAGAAACUGUUCGUGCAUCUCUGAUGCCGAACUGUGGUCUUUAUUGUGCUGGCGAUUCCUAUUCGUUUGAAAGGAUAUCGGGUGCAGUUUCUUACAUUCUGUUUUCCUAAAAACUACAAAAUGAUCUCACAAAAAGUCUGCUGGAAGCCAUAAUAGUAGUACAGUAUUUCAUGUUAGAUUUCGAAAUCUUUAAAUGUGUCCGUUUUUCAUUUAGCAUAUGGGAAAACUACAAAGCGGUGUGUAAUUCGAUAUGUCAACGUAACAUUAUUCAGCAGGUUUCACUCGACUUUAUGAAGCAAAAUGUGUUAAUUGUAUUGGAUUAUGCAAAACUUUUGGCCCUGAGCAAGUAGAUCCUCUCCCUGCCCUGCCCUGCAUUCCUCCAGACCAGUGCUAUCUGGGACUGUCUUCAAGUCGGUCAUUGCGAAUUAGAUAAAAUGCAUGCCAUUCACAUGACGCACCUCGUACAAGAAUUUCAUCAGCAUGAAACAGAUCCCACAAUAUACACAGCCUCUCAUUCCCCCUAAUGGAUUGCUGUGUGUAGAGAUUGCUGUGUGUAAACUCAAUAGGAAGCUAGAUAGGUGGGUUAUCACAUUACUGGUUUGCUGUUUUUUUUUUUAAAAAAAGGGAGUUUUUGAUAAACAUUUAAGUCGACAGCAUACUGUAUUUCUAAAAUGGAUUACAGUUUAAUGCUGUUUCAGUACUGUUUCAGAUAUAAUGAUGGAAAUAUAUUGCAUACCGUUUGAGCCACUGCAUUUAAAAAAAAAAAAAAAAUCUGGAAUGGAUCAAACCAAUCUUGGAUUACUGUUGCUCGCUAGCACCUCCUGUUGGUCAAACCAAGUGUGAAUAAAUUCCGAAAACAUCUAGGUACAAAACAGCCUGUCCGCAUUAAUUACAUGCUUUAUGGAUGUUUAAUAUGUCAAUAAACAGAAAACUGCAUUAUGCUGAAUUUCUUUGUAUUUUCUUUUCAACGGGAUACAUUUAUGUACUGUGUAUAGUGUAGAAUAAAUAGGAAAUAGAUUGCCUUUCUCAUUUUAUUUGUGACUUUAAAAAAUAAUAAUAAAAAACAUAAAACAUAUCGCAACGAUCUAUUCAAAAGAGAAAUGGGUCUACUUAUUAAAUAUAUACCUGAUUCUGCUGUUGUCGAGUUAGUGGUAAGCUUGUUAUUGUGUGUAAUUCUUCUGUGAUAACUCUGUGGGUAGUGCAUUCUUUUUUACAUGUUGAUUUAUUUUGAUGUUUACAGUGUUCGUGUAAAACAGAUUGCACUGUCAUGCAAGAAUAAACCGAGUUCUCCAAUGAGUUGAAUGAUAUCGCCCUGGAAAUAGUUGUAUGUUAUCUGUGUGAGAUUAUUCAUAAAACUGUAAGAACUCUUUUUAUAAAGAAUGUGUUAUUCAGGACUGUGUUUUUUGAUUGAUUUAAAUCACAAAAGCCUUUCAGACUGUUUUAGAGAAAUAAAAUCCUGGAAAAAAAGGAAAUCUUAAAAAAAAAAAAAAAGUCCUUAAGCUAAGUGAAUAGGGUUCAAAGCGUAUGCUAUAUCGUUGUGAGUGAUGCUUUUGUGUAUUAACAAUUAAAAAAGGAAACGAAACUGG